AUUGCUCUUCAUUGACAUGCUACAGGCAGACAUGGCAGCUUUGAGAGGUGCAGUCGUCGUAAUCGUAAUUGCGACAUCAGCCGGAAACUGGCUUCCACCAGCAUUUUCACACGACUUCAUUACUUUCAACUGGGAUGCCACAGGCUUCGUGCUGAAUGAAACGAGGAAUGAAUCAUUUGUGAAAUACGUGGUUCAGCUGUACAAGACUAAGAACGACAGUUGUGAUAAUGUGAUUCAACCACCGAUGGUACAAGAAAUCCCAGUGUACUACCUACAGCACCACACAUUCACACGUCUGAAUCUCAGUCAUCUGUACUGCAGCAACUGCACAAUUGUAUCAACACUUCGCAACGUAAGCUGCGGAAAGUACAACGCGAUACCAAUAGUGAAGACUACAGAAAGACCCCUGUCCUUUAACUCGAAAACAGUGACCAACACGUCUAUCACGGUGACUUGGCCGUCCUUCUCAGAACAGAAUCGGAAUCAAAAAAAGAGGGUUUUUUACUAUUACCAGCUGGAUAUUGCACCACUAGAACCAAAUACCAACGGCCCACUGGUCAUCUUUAACGAGACUGAGGUGGAGGGAACAUUGACUGGCCUUAUUCCCGGAAAGGAAUAUCAAAUUCAGCUGAAAGCAACCGGAGACGCAAAUCCAAAAGUCGAACCACAUCAUUUUACAUACACGUUCAUAACCACCGACAUAAUUGCUACCGACCCUUCGCCUGUGGAGGAAGUUUCGGUAAUCCACACGAGCUCGACAUCUGUAAGAUUGAAACUGAUACCACCGAAGGAAGGGUUUGUAGACCUGUUCCAGAUACAAGCAACCUCGACACAUCAUUCUAGUCCUCUUGUAGACGUGCCUCUCCCAGAGGGGAACCCAGCAAGUGUCAAAGCGAAUCUGUUCAACCUGCAGCCUGAAACGACUUACACAAUUUCAGCCAUGACAGUCGCCAAGGGCAACAGGGGCAAGGCCAAAGAGGUGAUCUGCACGACAGAGCCAGUUCCCAUCGAUACAAAGCUUGUGGGGUGGACCACAGGUGUUAUCAUGGUCGUUGUGAUUGCAGCUGCCUUCUGCACUGUGCGGAUAGUAAAGAGACUAAAAUACAGGUUAAACCCUGCACAACUGUUCAAGGAAGUUCUUGAGGAUAUAAUCGGGUCUGAGAAGAUGGAGCCAUGGCUGAAGAAAAGAAAGAACCUGUUUCUUGAGGAGCUGAUCGGAGAGGGAGAAUUCGGUCACGUGAGGAAGGGCGUGCUGAGGGAAGAAGGACAACAAGCCGUCAUUGUGGCUGCCAAGACGCUCAGAGUGGACCGAGCCAAUGAGAUCACCUACCGAGACUUCGCGAAGGAAGCGAGUCUGCUAAUAGAAGUCAACGAUGAUGGCGGUCACGUGAACAUCGUCAGUCUGAUAGGACUGGUGGUUGAUGGGAAAAUGAAGAAAG